GUCAGUCCGUAAAUGGCGCUUGUGUACGUACGACAUUUAUGUUUGAAAAAAACGUCGCCUUGACGACGUAUUUUGUGAAUUUUCUAUGUACUAUUUGCGUGAUUGUAAUAUGAAUGACUUAAAUUAUGGAUGACACAGAAAAAUUAACUUCUCAAACAACGGACCACAAGAAUGUCCUUCCGGAUGUCGUACAUUCCCAACAGAUUCCCACCAUGAGCACGGUCGAGGGAGAUGAAACGGAAUCUGUCCUCGAUACCGGUCAGACUACAGAAGGCGCCAAAUCCAAACAUAUCAAAGACGAUGCUGAAACAGAGUCAAUUUCUGAACAUGUUCCUUCUGAAAUUGAAUAUUCCGUGACAGUAUCGGACAAUAUACAUAAGGGACAUACAUCUCACGACCUAAACAUUGAGAAAGACAAAACUGCAGAUAACAGCUCCAAUAUUCUUCCACCACAAUCUGACACCAGCAACAUUGAAGAUCCUUCCAAACUUUCUUGGAAUGUUGAUAUUGAGAAUAAUGCUCACCUUAGUAAAGAGAGCCCUGUUAAUUUGACUACAUCAAUAGAUACAAAAUCUUUACCAAUUCAUACUGAAAAUAAACAAGAAGAUCUUGAGAAUGAAGGUAAAUCUGAUCUCUCCGAGCAACAGCAGGACGAUAAGAUGGAUGAAGUUGAUAGUCCAAAGGAGUCACUCUGUAGUGAAUAUCUUGAUUCACUGAAUGAAGAUGUCAGUCAAGAUUCUUAUUCAACAAAUGAUAAUAACAUGUCCGAUACAUCAAAAAACUUUGAAAAUAAAGCUGAAGAAAGUCCUAGAGAAAAUUCAGAAUCCGAGGAGAUAAUUAAAUUGGAUAUUAGAGGUCACGGUGUACCCAAAUUUCCAAUGCAGGCUGCAAAAAUUAUUUUUGGUCCACCCCCAGAAGGUAGUAUGAUUAUUGAAAGCCAAAUUGACCCAAUUCCUGCAUUCCAGAAUUUGUUAUCACCAUUUUUAGUUGGCUCUGAGGGGGUAAAGGUGGAGGAGAUUUAUGAUGAAGUGGAAGAGAAGAGUCAACAGCCAGCGGAAAAUUCACCGGUUGAAAGUCUGUUGAGUGAUAAAACUGAAAAGGAUUUAUUAAUUGAAGAAAUGACCGUUGAAAAUGCUAAAGAAAAAGAUGAAGAGUGUCCAACACAGUUGAAAUCUAUGCCGGUAGAGGAAACAAUUUCUCUUAGUACAAUGACAACAGAUUAUAAAACUAUAUGCGAGGAAUAUCAAGAGAAGCUUGUGUACCUCGAAGAUGCGAUGACGCGACGCGACGAACUAAUCGCGGAACUGACCGUCUCGUUACAGCGAUCCGUCCAGGAACGGGACCAGCUCAAACACGACAAGAAUCACCUGGUGAGCGAACUGCAGCACUUGCAGCAUGCCACCGCCGAGACCCCGCUCUCUGAACACGACACAGUCAAAGCACAACUGUCUGACUUUGUCAAAUACCAGUCAAUGGUCAAAGAUGACUCCACGAAAUUCUACUCCGCCGUGAUGAGUGGCACAACUUCCUUGCAAAGCUCUAAUGGUGAAAAGGAUAUCGACAGAGAAGAAAUUACUGUUAACUAUUCGAAAUCUGAUUUAAGAUCUUCUGAUACUGACGAUUUUGAGAACGGUUUUGAAGUUAAAGUGGUUACAUUGCUGAAUAAAUUCGAAGAGUAUAUAGAGGAGAAUUUAAGGAAUAAAUUACGGGAAAGUAUUAUCCAGGUAUUGUGCGACGAGAUAGGCAAGAUGCGUAUAGAAUUUGAUACUGAAAUGAAAGAGGUGGAAGCACAAUUGCAACAGGACAAGCAAGCGUAUAGUAUUGAGACGCGGCGGCUGCGGGAGCUGUUGGCGUGCGUGAAGGCGGGCAACGCGGACAUCGACGCGCUGAGAGAGGAACUCAGCAUCAAACACGAGAAAGAGAUGGAGAAUCUACGAACGUAUUUCGAAAAGAAAUGCUCUGAUAUGGAACGAAGUUACUCUGAGGAGGUGUGGCGCGGGCGCGCGUGCGCGUCGCCCCCGAGCGGCGCCGCCUCCGAAUGCUUGGAUGCGGCCGCCGGCGACUGCAGGCGGCGCACGCGCAGCGCGGAGUUCCCCUCCCUCACAUACGAAUCAACUCCAUUGGAGCAGUUAAUGAAGCAGUUACACAGGAAGUACGAGCAGCAAUCAGAGGAGCUGCGCGCAGAGCAGGCGCAGCGCGUCGCAGCCCUCGAGGAACAGAUUAGGCAACUGAAAGCGCAUAUCCAGAGCGCGGAGACGGACGGCAAUGUGUCCAUUUACCCGCAAGAUAUUGACUUGGAACUGGAGAAGGAUGCAGUAGAAAGUAGAUUAGAAGAGGUCCGUCAGGAAGUACUGGAUCAAAUACAGGAGCAGAUUAAGGUGCUACUGUCAGACCCUGACGCGGAGCUGUCCAGCUGGCCGCUGGAGCUGGUGGCGCUGCGCGACAGGAUACACGGGGACGCGCGCGCGCUGCAAGACAAAGAGGUGCCCAGCUUGCGCGAGGAGGCGCCGAGCGCGGCCGAGACAGACAAAUGGCGACAGCGGCGUUACAACAGCUUCGACCAGAACAGACAGCUCGAGGAGGUCACUAAGGAGAGGGAUGCGCUGCAGCGUGUAGCGGCGUCGCUGCAGCGCUGCGUGGGCCAGCUGGUGGCGUACUGCGCCAGCGCGGAGGACGAGCUCAACCGCACCGUGCUGGCGCGGCUCCUCGCCACACUGCUGCCCGACGAACAGUCAUUUGUGGAGGAGUGUGGUCGGGGCAGUGUGGGCGGGGUAGAAACUUUCUUUGUAAUACUUCUACACAUUGUGAUGUGGCCCUGGUACAAGUGUGCACUGUAUACAAUGUGGCAGCUGGAGGCGGCGCACCGCCAGCUGCGCGCCACGCGCCAGUUCGUGGAGGAGCAGGCGGCGGAGCGCGAGCACGAGCGCGACGAGUUCGCGCGCCGCCUGCACGACGCGCGCGACGACAACCAGCGCCUGCUGGCCAGGCUGCAGACCAACGCCCGCAUCCUGGCUGAGAUGCACGAGCUGCGCGCGCACUGCUGCCACCGCAAAGUGGAGCAAUUGGAAGCUCAAACACGAGAUAUGAACCAAAUCAUAACGGACCUGGAAGCCAAGAAAACCAACUCCGAUGAAGAGCUAAAGUCUUACGAAGAGAAGGUGGUUCUCCUGCGAGACAUCAUCGCCAACCUGGAGAGCCAGCUGGAGCAGAAGAACAAGAGAGAAGCCGACAUCCUGCAGCAGCUGGAGAGCAUGCAGCAGACGAUAGAAGACAGGGACAGCAAGAUGAGAGCACUGCUCGGGGAACUGGAAUCUCUGAAGAACGAGAAAGUAGACCAGAGUGAAGUUGUCUGUGAGAAUUGUAAUCAAGAAGAGCACAGAUAUAAAGAACUACUAGAUAAUAUUACAGAACAGUGCCGCUGGCUGGAGGCGGAGGUGCAGGAGCGCGCGCGGCUGCUGCAGCAGGCGCACGAGCAGACCUCCGCCUGCUGCAGCGAGCCCAGCGAGGACGUCUCGCUGCGGGACAAGGCGCCACUCCCGCAGGAGCGAGGCGCGGCGCCGCAGACGGAGUGGGUGUGUGCGCUGGCGCUGGUGCGCGAGGCGGUGCGCGGGCUGGCGCGCGCGGAGGACGCGGCGCUCAAGCGCGUCGCCGACUUGCGUAUGCAACGCGACCAGCUGCGCGACGUCGCUCAGGUACGUGCUGCACCACUCCGCACAGGAGUGCGCUAA